AAAAAAAAAAUUACGUACACUGGUACUACUAUCAAUGCUCCUUUCUUCAUAACCAUUUCUAUUACUGCUAGACUAGAUAGAUUACCAGUUUCCGGCAACAAAAAGCCUUCCAUCAAAAAAACCAUCUUGAUCUCAAAGUUGCAUAUCCACGGAAGAAGAAAUGGCUGACGCUCUUAUCAGUUCCACAGUUAAGGUCACCCUGGAAAGGGCACUGUCUCUUGCCUCUGAUAGGAUUGGUAUGUUAGUUGGGUUCAAGAAGGAUGUGGCCAGUAUGACACGUUCUCUCCGGCUGAUCAAUGCUGUCUUGGCCGAUGCUGAAGCAAAGCAAAACCAGGACGGAGCGGUGCAAGCAUGGUUGGAGUGUCUCGAGGAGGUUGCUUAUGAUGCUACAAAUGUGUUGGAUGAGCUCAAAUAUGAAUCUCUCCGCCACAAGGUGGAGUCCCGAAACCGACACAAGCUCAAGGUAUGCUGCUUCUUCUCCUUCUCUAACAUUAAUCUUGCUUUUCGUUGGAGAAUGGCUUCUAAGGUCAGGGACAUCAAACUUGAGUUGAGUAAGAUAAAUCAAGAAGCCAGUGAUUUGGGACUGGCCAGUAGGUCAGACGUGGCAGCUGCCCUCCCUGCUGCUGGAGAUACAAGAAAUCGGCAAACCGACUCUAGUGUCGCUCCAAUGAUUGGAAGAGCCAAGGAUGAAUCAAAUAUACUAGAGAUGUUGUUGAGACCAACUGAGAAGGUUGUUUCUGUUCUUCCCAUAAAUGGUAUGGGAGGUCUAGGCAAAACAACUUUGGCUAAAUCGAUAUACAACAAACAGCAAAUUGAUGAGCACUUUAACAAAAAGUUGUGGGUUUGUGUAUCGAAAAAAGUUCCAAUAGUGGAUCUUUUCAAACUCAUUUUAUUGCAAUUGACGGAAGAAAAUUUUGAAGUGGAUGAUAGGAAUAUCAUCGUUGGAAAUAUUCGGAAUCAACUGGGGGGAAAAAGAUAUUUCCUAGUUCUUGAUGAUGUGUGGGAUGAUGAUCAGGCAUUGUGGGAUGACUUCUUCUCCACCUUGAAGGGACUCAAUCCAAUCAAUCCACCCAAAGGAAGCUGGUGUCUAAUCACUACUCGUUCGCGUGCAGUGGCAGAUGAAGGCUAUCCCUUAGGAGGACUCCGUGGUGAUCAUUGUUGGUCUAUCAUAAAACGAAAAGUAGUUGAAGGGGAAGAAGUACCUAAUGAAUUGGAUGCAAUUAAAGACAGAGCUAUACAAAUAUGUAAUGGAUUACCACUGGUCGCAAGUGUACUUGGUGGUUUGUUGCGCUUGAGGAAAGACAAAUGGCGAUCAAUUUUGGAGGAUAGACUUUUGAACUUGAAUGGAGUCAUGCAAAUACUUAAGUUGAGUUUUGAUAAUUUGCCAUCACCAGCCGUCAAGAAAUGUUUUGCAUAUUGUUCUAUUUUUCCCCAGGAUACUGAGAUGGAAGGAGAUAUGCUGAUCGAACUUUGGAUGGCAGAAGGUUUCCUCCAUGCAGGUCUCGAGAACAAAACAAUGGAGGAAAUUGGAGAGUAUUACUUGGAAAUUUUAUUGCAAAGUUCUUUGCUGGAAGAAAUAAGAAAAUAUGGGAGAAGGAGGUGUUAUAAAAUGCAUGAUAUGGUGCACGAAGUCUCAAAAUCAAUAAUGUCAAAGUCUACUAAAUUCAUUAAUUCGGAGACUGGUUCAGGAGACAAUAGUAAUCAGGUUCGUUGUCUUGUAAUAGACUCAUUUGGAGAAGGCGCAAAAAGUCUUUUUGAGAGUCGAUCAAAUUUGCUUCAUACAUUGUUUCUAAGUCGGGGUAGCUUAUCUGAUGAUAUGCUAAUGAAGUUGAAGAAUUUGCACGUUCUGAAUUUGUCCGGUGAAGAAAAUCAGAAUCUGCCAAUCUCAAUUGGCAAACUGAGACACUUGAGGUACAUCAACUUUGAGCGUUCUAGAAGUGAAACUUUGCCGGAAUCUAUUUGCAAACUUUAUAAUUUGCAGACACUGAGGCUAAAGAGAAUCGCUCUUAAGGUUCUUCCGAAGGGGAUGUGCAAUUUGAUUAGCUUGAGACAUCUCCACUAUUACACCUCUGAUACAGAAUUUCAAAUGCCGCUAGAGAUGGGACGGCUGACUUGCCUUCAGGCGCUUGAGUUCUUUAAAGUGGGUCGAGAGAAGGGUCGACGAAUUGGAGAGCUUGGAAGCUUGAAGAACCUCAAAGGUGAAUUGGAGAUACGCAAUCUGGAACUGGUAAACGGUAAAGAAGAAGCUGAGGAAGCAAAUCUAUUUGAAAAGGCUAAUCUAUUUAGGCUGCAACUUGAGUGGGCCCGUGAUCGAGAAGGCGGCGACUACAACGACGAAGAUGUGUUAGAUGGCCUUCGACCGCACCAAAAUUUGGAGGAAUUGGUAAUUGAGAAUUUUAUGGGUGAUCAAUUUCCUCGAUGGUUAAUGGAAUUGCCAACAGCAACCACACUUCCCAGGUUAGCGCGUUUGGAAUUUAAAUGGUGCCACAGAUGCAAAGAACUCCUUCCCCUGCAGAACUUUGCGUCUCUUAAAGAGCUGCAGAUUUGGAGUUGUGAUGGGUUGACGAAUCUGCCCGGUGACAUGCUACACUCUUGUGCCUCUCUUCAGAAGCUUUGGGUGGCUUAUUGCAACAAUCUUAUCUCCUUUCCGCUUGAGUUGCAACGAACGCCUUCUCUCUUGACGCUGGAAUUAUUCCACUGUCCCAAACUGAAAACAAGCAUGACGCCCAAAGGAUUUGGUUUCCUAACCAGCUUAAGGGAGCUUAGCAUUGGUCCCUUCUCAGAUGAUGGUGAUGAUCAUGAAAAUUCUUCAAUUUACAAUGAGUUUGAUUGGUCUGGAUUGAUAUCCUCCUCCUCCUCCUCUUCGUCAUCCGCACUCCGUGGAUUAGAAUUAAUUGGGUUGCCACACGUGGAGUCACUGCCACCUCAGAUCCAAUACUUGACCACUCUGACGUCACUAUGUCUAUGGGACUUUGAAGGUAUAAAAGCUCUGCCAGAUUGGUUCGGAAACUUCGCGGCUCUUGAAGUAUUGGUUUUAAAUGGUUUCAAAGAGCUUGGACAUCUACCCUCUAAGGAUGCCGUGAGCCGUCUCACCAAACUAAAACGUCUGUCGGUUUCUGGUUCUCCUCUGUUAAAAGAAAGAUGCACUUCUCAGAGCAGCGGCCCCGACUCCCAGUGGUCCAAAGUUUCUCACAUUCAAGACCUACACAUGUGGGAUUAAUAACCAACUUUCAUCUUUGGAUCAAAUUCAAUCAUAAUUGAUAGAAGAAUAGCUUCACGAACAGAGGUCAGAAUUUUGAAGCUUCUUCAGCACCGUCUAUAUGGCUAGACCUCAAUAACUUUUGGUCUGCAUUUCCUACAAAUAGCCUAUCAACGUUUAGAACAACUAGCAGUCUAGUUUUGUUUAUUUUACGUGCUCUGCUUCUGUGGAUUUUAAGUUAUUAUUGCUAAAGUCGUCAUCUCACUCUGUUUAAAAUUGUGAUUCUAAGGGGACUGAACUUUUACCUCUUGAUAAUGAACUUGCAUAGUUAUCUGAACUAUUUGACUAGUAAUUGCUCCAUCGGAGACAUAUAUGAUGGUUUUCUGGCACACUUCUUCUUGAUUUUGGCUUUUUAGCCAUGAAGACAAUUGAGGAGUUUUCGCAGCUGUUGGUCACCGCCUUCAUGUUUUGGUUCAAAAUUCUGGUAAUUUUAGAUAUGCUUCUCUUCUUUCACUGCUCAAUUUUGACUUUUAACCCCUUCAAUAUCUAAUCUAUUACGUAUGAAACAAAAGAAAUCUUAUCGUCAUGAAGAUAUUUUUGAGGUAGCCAAGGAAGGUAUGCACUGUUUGAGCAAUGAAGUCGCACAAAACUUGGUGGAGUAUCUUCCAACAUUCAACUCAAGUCUGCUUGUUGUGACUUGCUGAUCUUAAUGAAUCCACCUUGAUAGAGGCUUUUAAGCUCUCUUUGCUUUUAUGAUUGUCGGUUGCUUCUUUUUUUAUGUGAUUUUAGGCACAAAGCUUAACAGGGAACCUCAUCGAUUUCUCUUACUUACUGUCUUUACUUUUUCAAAGUCCUACAAUUCCUUGCUGGAUGGCAUUCUCUUUUUCUCUGUGCCUCAGAUGGCCAAAGUCUGAGAUAUCCAUUGGGAUCAAGAGCCAUCAUUACCGUGAAUUUCUGCUGAUGAUUAUGGGCAGUUUGGUUGGUGAUAGAGUUUUAGAGAAACAGACUGACAAUGAGAAGCUUGCAAAUUUUCAAUUGCUGUAGGUUUAUAGCUCUGUAGGGAACCUUGAUGGCUCCUAAUCACCGCCUUUACUUUUCAAAGUCCUUUCUUUCCUUUGAAGUAUAUCAAGUGAUAAUUGGAGCAGCAACAGAGUAGUACGAAAGAUUUCAGGAGUUUUCAGAGCUGUUGGUCAUCAAAUUGGUGUUUGUUGUAGUGUCUGCCAUGGAAGAUGUACUAUUCAUGCAGUGAAUCUGCACAGAAUUGUUAGAGUGCAAGUUUUGAGACUGCCAAGCGUACUUGUUGGCUGCUGCCACUUGCUGCAAUUAUUUCAUCAGCUGUGAUGAAGGCUAUUAAGCUCAUUCUGCCUUCUACACUUGUUGGGUUGCUCCUCUCUUCAUGUAGGUUUACGCUCAAAGAUCAACAUUAAACUUGAUAGCUCUUGCUUACUAUCCUUGGUAUACGAUCCCUUGCUGAACCAGAUCCUGUUUCAGUUAGAUCAGAUUCCCUUUUGCUCUCUGCCUCGGAUGGCCAAAGCCUGAGAUCUUCCUUGUCAGCGCGGUGAUUUUAAACUUUCCAACCGAUUCAGCAAUUUGUAGACAUGUUGGUCAUCACUUUUAACUUUUGAUUCAAAAAUUCUGGUAAUUUUAGAUAUGCUUCUCUUCGUUCAUUACUCAAUUUUGCCUUUUAACCACUUUAAUGUCCAAUUUAUUAUGUAUAAAACAAAAGAAAUCUUGUCGCCACAGAGAUAUUUUUGAGGUAACCAAGGAUGAUGUACCGUUCAAGAAAUGAAGUUGUACAAACCUACUUAAGCUAUUUAAGUCUGCUUGUUGCGACUUCAUGUUUUUAAUGAAUCCACCUUGAUAAAGUCUCUUAAGCUUUCUCUGCUUUUAUGACUGUUGGCUGCUUCUUUUUUUUAUGGUAAGUUUCUUGUUUUGGGGCUUUAGUUACAAUGACAGAAAACUUGCAAUUAUCUGAAAAUUUCCAUUAGCUUUAUUCUACCCUGAAUGCCAUCCUGAGCUUGAGUUUUGGUGCUUUGCAGUGAUAUUAGGCACAAAGCUCAACAAGGAACCUCAUUGAUGGCUGUUACUUAUGUCUUUAAUAUCACAAAGCUCAACAGGGAACUGCAUCGACGGCUCUUACUUACUAUCUUUACAUUUUGAAAGUCCUAUGAUUCCUUGCUCAAAAAGAUCUUGCUUCAGUUGGAUAGUAACAUCUAGGAUGGCAUUCUCUUCUGCUAUGUGCCUAGAUGGCCAAAGUUAGAGAUUUUCAUUGGGGGUAUGGUGAUUUUAAACUGUCCAAAUGAUUCAGCGAUUUGUAGUCAUGAUAAUGAGGUGCUGAUUUACAUGUUUUAGAACUCAAUUUGUCAUCUCUCGCAUACUGCUCUGUUGUUCCUCAAUGUGAAAUGUUUUGCAUGUGCUACAAAUUGCCUAUCAUUAUUUUCAA